CAUUUAUCUCCUCGGCAGCUCAGAGCCUGCAGAGGGAGAGUACACUGUCCUACAGCUGGUCUGGGAGAGGGAGGAAAUAACUUGGCAUUGCAACAGACAGACAGACAGACAUCCUGCAACACGUUGACUCCUGUUCUGCUAUGGAGCGCUGGGUUCUCCUCUCUCUGUCUCUCCUGGCCUACCUGUAUCUGGAGGUGGCUGGAGCUGGGGCCCAGGACCAGAGAGGGCUGGCUGGCCAGGGCAACGGGAGGAGGAGAGGGCCAGGGGCCGCAGAGCACAACCAGCUCCAGGGAGUAGGACUAGGACGGGGAAAGAGGAGGAAGGCAGGAGGGCCCGGGAAAGGGAGAGCCAGGGGGAACAGGGACAAUCAGAGAUCAAAACCCCCCCUGGGUCUGACGAGGCUGGGGAGUCUUCCACACAACGCAGGAGGAGACGGAGGGAUGAGGCUGGGGAGUCUUCCACCCAACGCAGGAGGAGACGGAGGGAUGAGGCUGGGGAGUCUUCCACCCAACGCAGGAGGAGACAGAGGGACGAGGCUGGGGAGUCUUCCACACAACGCAGGAGGAGACAGAGGGACGAGGCUGGGGAGUCUUCCACACAACGCAGGAGGAGACAGAGGGACGAGGCUGGGGAGUCUUCCACACAACGCAGGAGGAGACGGAGGGUCUAUUUUCAUUGAGUCGUACAAGAGUGUUGACGAGAGAAAGUCUAACUACAAUGUCAUCCCAGGUAAACGGGGCCAGUGUGUGUACCAGGGCAUCACCAUGUUUGAGAAAGCUGUCUGGUCCCCCAAGCAGUGUGUUACCUGUCUGUGUAGUGGAGGGGAGGUGGUCUGUGACGAGAUCCUUUGUCCCCGGCUACGAUGUCACUACCCCUACACUCCUACUGGGGAGUGCUGUCCUGUCUGCAUGGAUACAGUUCCCAACGACCCCAGCGACCAUGUGAACCCUGACCUUGACCCCGCCGUGCCCCGCUCCCAGGCCGAGAUCGAACUCCUCUUGAAGAGAGAGGAGGAGGAGCACAGGGAGGAGGAGGCACGUCUUGUCAAGAAGGACGCCGAGAAAAAGAGGAGGAAGAAACAGAAGAAGGAGGAGGCUGAGAGACAGAGGAGUCUGCAGGAGGAGAGGAGUCUGCAGGAGGAGAAGAGGCUGCAGGAGGAGAGGAGGCGCGAGGAAGAGCGGCUGCAGAUGGAGAAGGAGGCAGAAAAGGCCGAGAAGAUGCAGGAGGAAGCAGAGGCGGCCAUGAAGGAGCAGGAAAGGAAGCUGGAGGAGGAGAGGAGGAGACACGAGGAGGACCUGAAGGAGAACCUCAGGGAGCUAGAGGAGGAAGAAGAAGAGGAGAGGGAGCAGGAGGAGGAAGACAUGGAGUGGCUGUUGAGAGGAGAUGUUUUCCAGAUCUUUCCAGAGGAGCCGACCGAAGAGGACCUCCUCACACCUCCCCUAGCCGAGGACACUGAGAAACAAGAGGAGGAUGGAGGAGAGGAGUGGGGAGUGGUGGCACACAGACCUGGGAACACCCUCCCGUUAGGUUGUGAUAUCUCUGAUGUCAUCGUGACGUGUGAGAACGCUCAGCUGACCAACUUCCCUCCCCUGAACAUCCCUGAACUCAAGUCUCUGAGCCUGGAGGGUAACGCCAUCACAACCAUCCCGGUGGGGGCGUUCAAUGGUAUCCCCAACCUGGAGUGGAUUAACCUGAGCAAGAACAAGUUGGUGACUUCUGGCAUUGCCCCACGUGCCUUCAAAGGCCUGAAGUUCCUGAGCCGUCUGUUCCUGGACAACAACCUCCUAGAGACGGUUCCAACACAUCUCCCAUCAACACUACAGGAACUCAAGAUCAACGAGAACCACCUCAAAGGCAUCGAGGAGAACAGCUUCCAAGGUCUGAGUAGCCUGUUGAUCUUGGAGUUGGAGGGGAAUGUCCUGAACGAAGGGACCGUGGAUCAUCAAGCUUUCAGUCCACUCUCUCAGCUCUCUUACCUCCGUCUGGGCAGAAACCACUUCAGGACCGUCCCCCAGGGCCUGCCUCCAUCUCUACUGGAGGUUUAUCUAGAGAACAACCUGAUAGAAGAGAUAUCCGACUGCGUCUUCAACCAAACCACUAACCUGAACAUGAUCUCACUGAGACACAACAGACUGGAGGAGUCCAGGAUAGCACCUCUAGCAUGGAUCAACCACAAGAACCUGGAGUCCAUUGACCUGUCCUACAACCGCCUGUACCUGGUCCCAUCCUACCUGCCCAGAGCUCUGGUCCACCUGGUCUUGGUAGGGAACCAGAUUGAGAGAAUACCAGGGUUUGUGUUCGCCCACAUGGAGCCGGGGAUAGAGUACCUGUACCUGUCCCACAACAAGCUGGAUGGGGAGGGAGUGGAGCCUCAGUCCUUCUUCGGUGCUCACACCUCCAUGACAGAGCUGUGUUUAGACCACAACCAGCUCAUAACGGUUCCCCCUGGUAUCAACCAGAUGAGCACUCUGCACUUCCUCCACCUCAAUAACAACAGAAUCAGGACCUUUGCUGAGGAUGCCAUCUGUGACCCUGAGAACAACGAGGACUCCCACAUCGUGAUGCUGCGUCUGGAGAACAACCUCAUCGACCCCAGAAAGAUCUCCCCCAUUGCCUUCUCCUGCGUACGCUCUUACUCUAGCGUCGUCUUGAAACCUCAGUGGACCAAGUAACAGGAUUUGAAAAACUGUGUGGCAGAAUUGCCUAGGCACCCCUGUAGAUCUGAAAGGCUGGGAUAGGUGGAAACAAUAUGGAGACAUUUCCACACAGCCAAUCACAAGGCAAGAGGAAGCGAUUAUCCUUAUCCUCUCAGAUCAACAGAGCCUGGAAUUCGGCCGCUGUUAUUUUAGCAAAAGCAAUCCAAAAA